AUGUCAGACGAUGAACAGAAACGUUAUACGAGUGUUGUUGCGGAUUGCGUGAAAACAUCAACUGAAUUGCUAAAUGUGGCCAAAGAAUUCUGUAUUCAACUUCAAAAAGAAAAAGAACGAGAUGGAAUAUCAUUUUAUGAAGUGAAAAAUCGUAACUUGCUUGCAUAUACACGUGAUUUGAUAUAUUUGAUGUAUCAGAUGAGUAUUGGAAAUAGUAUACAAGGUGAUCCAGCUAUUGAACGUUUGGUUUAUUUGAGAACGGUUUUGGAAAGAAUGCGUCCCAUUGAACAUAGAAUGAAAAGUCAUGUUGAGAAACUAAUUUUACUUGCAUCUGAUGUGACAAGCAGUAAUGUAAAAACAUUACGACCACAUCCAGAACGACUGGAAGUGGGCGAUGAAAAUGAUGAAUUGGGAUCAGAAGAUGAUAACAAUGAAGAUGUUGUAAAGGAAACGAAAUCUAAAAAAUAUGUUCCACCGAAACUUAUGGCAGUACAUUAUAAUGAAGAUGAGGAAGAAAUGGAAGAGCGAAAAAUAAAACGAGCAAGGCGGCGAGCAUUGCAGAGUAGUUUGAUACAGGAUUUGCGAGCGCAGUAUAGUGAAGCACCAGAAGAAUUCCAAGAUGAUAGCAUUGUAAAGAGGAAAAAACAGGAAGAUAUUGAGAAACGAAAGUAUGAAGAGGAUUAUCUUAUUCGUUUGCAAAUGACAAAGAAGGAGAAACAUAAUAAAAGGAUAAAGGAUCGACAGAAUAUUCUGGAUGAGUUACUCCAUUUUGGAAGUUAUAUGGCAGUGAAAGAUGUGGAAAAAAGUGGUAACAAUAUGGCAGGUGGUAGUACUGGUAGAAAACGCAAGAAAAUAGGAAAGAAUAAGAAAUUUAGCAAAAAAUUGCAUCAUUCUGGUGCAAAAGGGAAAAAGGGAAAAAGUAAAUCCAGAAAGAAAUAA